GUGUCUAUCCCUGAAAUGGUGGACCCUGCCAACAGGACAGCAUGGAUCACAAGCAAAAAGGACUUGGCAAAGAGGCAGUUUAUGGAUGGCAUCAACAUAGACAUUGAGCAAGAGGUGGCCGACUCCUCCCCAGAGUACUACACCUUGACAGCACUCGUCAAAGAGACCACUGAGGCCUUUCAUAGAGAGAUCCCAGGUUCCCAGGUGUCAUUUGAUGUUGCCUGGUCGCCCAAGUGUAUAGACGGGCGCUGCUACGACUACACCGCAAUUGCAGAGUCCUGCGACCUGCUAUUUGUGAUGUCAUAUGAUGAGCAGAGUCAAAUAUGGGGCGAUUGUGUUGCGAUGGCAAAUGCUCCAUUCAAUCAGACACAGUCAGGUAAAUAAUUUGUGGAGAAGGACCUCUA